AUGGAGAAGAAUUUCGACGAAACCAGCGAAUAUGCAUACGAGUAUGUGGAGUACGAAGCCAAUGAGGCCACUGGCACACUCGAUAGGGAAGGUGCAGCUGGUUCAGUGCAUAAUGAAUAUGUUUUCACCUUUACUGCCAUCUUUUUUCAACGUUUUUUUAAAAGCCAAUUGCGUCCAAAAGAAUGGACAAGGCAAACUGUUUAUGGAGAUACGGUUACUGAUAUCGUAGAUUUUUUAUGGGAUGUUGCAAAGGUAAAAAUUGAACGGCAGGUGAUAUUUGAUAACGAUAUCCCCAAAUGGUCAGAAAAUGCAACUCCCACAGUGAAUGAUGCGAAUGACUUCGUCUCACUGCAAGACACUACUAAAAAGAAAUGCUAUUCAAUAGAUUCUCUCACAGCUAGAAUUUUGAGAGGUUGGAAAGAUAAGCAGGUGCGAGUAUAUGUGUACGUUUGGUCGAUGAAUGUGGAAACUAGCAGUCAACAUCAAGCCAUAUUGCGCAAGUUACUUUCUCCACAAAAUACAGAUAAAGCUGGGGCACAUUCAAUAAGAGACGAUUCAGCUCUAGCGGAUGAACUCCGCGAUAAUCAUACUCAUCUGGAAGGCCAUUACAGCUCAUGGCUUCUAUGGGCAAAUUUUAUUCACUCAUCUCCAGCGCAUAAGCAUGAUGAAUUGAAAAGAUCUGCAACACCAUCAUUACAAUUAUCGAAAUAUUUUCGUUGGGUUGCAACGUCUGAGCCAAGCAGAUUGAAGGCCGUACAUAAAGGAUUAAUUGUCGCUCAACACAAUAAUAGUGGAUGGCUGAGAGAGAUUGGAAAUGUAAAACAGGUUGUAAUUAAUGCUAAAAUGUUAUUAGAUGGAGCCCUAUUGAAAAUAGAAGAACUGGAACAACGAGGAUUUGCUGGAAACGAUCUUUUAACCUCCAUGGAGUCCGCAGUUCGACCGGAGGAUACCGAUUUGAGCAAUAAUUUCAUGAACAGCGUGAUUGAUUGUGAGGACGUGGAUCACCAAGAUUGAAAUCUUCAGCUAUUCCAUAGUUCAAAAAUCACAUCGAAGACCGUUAGCGUUACUAAGCAAUAUAAUGUUCUUUUUUCGUUUUUAUUUUAAUCAAUCAAAUGCUUUAUAAAAUAAAAAAC